CUUUGCCCAUGCUGCGAAUGCCUCAACCAUCCAAGAAUGGCUCAAGGAAGAGUGGAAGAUCAUUUGCUUCUUAAUGGGAUGUCCAGCACAUAUGAUAGAUGGAUAUAUCAUGGAGAACCUUUAGAUGGACAACCUCAACAUUUUGAAGCUGAUACACAGGCCCCUCAUAUGAUGGGUGGUGGUGAUGCUGGCAUUGAUUUCAUGGAAAAGGUUUUGCGAGAUAAUGCUGGUUUGGAGGAAGAGGAUGGGCAUGAAGAUGAUAGGAUUCCUGACCUAUUGAAGGAUUUGUACGAUGCUGAAGAUCAUGCUGAUGGAGAGAAGUCGUUGUUUGCUGAGGUGUUAGAGGAGGCCAAGCGCGCAACUCAUGAAGGGGGUAAAUUUUCAAGAUUUACCUUCACCGUGAAGUUACUCCACAUCAAGUCUUUCUACCGGAUUAGCAAUGCUGCAUUCAACGCAAUACUCCGCCUUUUGAGCUUGCAAUUCGCUGAUAGCUAUGUUCCCAGUUCUUAUGAUGAAGCAUUGAGCAUAAUCCGCAGGCUGGGGCUAGGUUAUGUUUCGAUACAUGUGUGCCCAAAUAACUGUGUCUUGUUUCGGAAGGAUUUAGCAAAGCAUGACAACUAUCCAAAAUGCAAUGCCUCUAGGUAGAAAGAUGCUGAUGGGAAGAAGUCAAUACUGGAGAAGGUACUGAGGCACUUUCCGUUGAUACCAAGGCUGCAACAGAUGUUUAUCUUGAAGAAAUCAUCACUGGAGGUACAAUGGCACAAGCUGAAGCGGCAACCUAUGGACAAUGAGCUGAGCCAUCCAGUGGACGGAGAGGCAUGGAAAGAGUUUGACAAUGUACAUUUAGAUUUUGCUGCAGAUCCAAGGAACAUAGAACUUGGCACUGCCACAGAUGGCUUUAAUCCGUUUGGGAACAUGAGCACGUCUUAUAGCAUGUGGCCAGUUUUUGUGGUGUCGUACAACCUGCCACCAUGGGCAUGCAUGGAUCAGUCCAACUUCAUGAUGUCGUUGCUUAUCCAGGGUCCAGAGUCUCCAGGAAAGGAUUUUGAUGUCUUUAGGGAGCCCCUCGUAGAAGAACUGCUCCAGCUCUGGACUGGUGUACCUACAUACGAUGCCUUGAGUCCAGAAGAAAAGUUCAAUCUACGUGCUGCAAUCAUAUGGUCCAUCCAUGAUUUCCCGGCGCUGCACACUCUGUCUGGGAGGAUCACAGCAGGUUAUAAGGCCUGUGUGCAUUGUGACAAAGACCCUUGCUCAAAGAGAAUAAGGAGCAAGAUCUGCUAUAUUGGGCACCGCCGCUUUCAUCCCCGAAACCGUCGCUGGCGAAGAAGCAAAGAUUUUAAUGGUGAGAAUGAAACCCGUGACAAGCCAGCAGAAUUCACUAAAGAAGAGCUAGAGCAGCAACUUGAAAAGGUGAAAGAUGUGAGACCAGGAAAGCUUGUGAAGAAAAGAAAGCGUGAGGAAGGUCAAUGUUGGGACCGGAGGUCUUGUUUGUGGGACCUGCCAUACUGGGCUGAUAUGAAAUUAAGGCAUAAUCUCGAUGUAAUGCACAUUGAGAAAAACAUAUGCGAGAAUCUGCUAGGGACAUUUCUGAACAUUGAAGGGAAGACAAAGGACACGGUUAGUUCUAGGCUUGAUUUGGAGGACAUGGGUAUACGAGAAGAUUUGCAUCUACAGCACAAUGAAGAUGAAGAUUCAUUUGAAAUGCCACGAGCAUGGUAUACAAUGAGUAAAGAACAAAAUCUUGCAUUCUGUGAAUUCCUAUGAGCGGUGAAAUUUCCAGAUGGUUAUACUGCUAACCUAGCAAAGUGUGUUACUUCUUAUGGAUUGAAGCUUUCAGUACUGAAAACACAUGAUUGUCACAUCCUCCUCCAAAGGAUUUUACCGGUGGGCCUCCAAGGAAUCAUGGACAAGGAUAUAUAUGAAGCGGUUGCUGAGCUGGGAAAUUUCUUUAGAGAAUCUUGCAGCAAAACACUCAAGUUAACUGUCCUGGAAAGACUUGAAAAAGAAAUGCCAAUUAUUCUUUGCAAGCUCGAGAACAUUUUCCCACCAGCUUUCUUCACCGUGAUGGUCCAUUUGGCGGUGCACUUACCAAAAGAGGCAAUGCUUAGAGGCCCUGUGCAAUACAGUUGGAUGUACCCAAUCGAAAGAAGGCUACUUACUUGUAAGCAUAUGUGCGAAACACGGCAAGUCCUGAAGGUUCUAUUGCUGAAGCAUAUGUCGUUGACGAGUGCUUGACUUUUUGCUCUAGAUACUUUGGUGAUGUGGAAACAAGAUGGAACCGGCCAGGCAGAAAUAGAGAGCGGUCUUAUACGCAAAGUGGUGAUGUCUCUGUUUUCAACCAUGGUGUGAACUUUCUUGGAGCCUCACAAUACUUGGAGGCUGGUGAUGAGUAUGACAAGAUGGUUUGGUAUGUGCUCAGCAAUUGCGCCGAGGUUCUACCAUAUAUCGAGAAAUGCAAGGAAGAGUUAAAUCAGGAAGAAAGCAAGAUCAAUGUUGAUAAAAGGGUUGCCAAGGGGUUUGCUAUUUGGUUUAAG